AUGUGAAGUGGACGGACUUCACGCAGGGCGUGCUGGUGCCGGAGAGACCCCCAGAGCCCGACUGCAGGAGCCGCGGCCAGGAGCGAUGCAGGUGCAAAAAGACAAAGCCUACGCUGUCGACCUACCUGGCCAAGAACUACAGCUACAUCAUUCAUGCUAAAGUAAAAAACAUAGAAAGAGGGAACUGCAAUGAGAUAACAACUGUGGUUGAAGUCAAGGACAUACUUAAGUCUUCAACGCCAAUUCCUCUGUCUCAAGUGCCUCUUCUUACAAAUUCCUCCUGCCAGUGUCCACCUCUUCAACCGAAGCAAGAUGUUCUCAUCAUGUGCUACGAAUGGCGCUCCAGGUUGAUGCUUCUUGAUGGAUGUCUAGUUGAAAAAUGGAAAGAUCAACUAAACAAAAGAUUUAAGAGGUGGGAACAGCGACUGCAAGAACAAAAGCUGCGAACGGCCCGCAGUAAGAACCAGAAUGCAGGACGCAGUGGUCGGAGUGGAGCCCCAAAACCAUCAACCAAGAACACCAAUCCACUGGUCAGUGGCCCCAAAAAGGCCAUUAAAAUAAAAAAUGGCCAGAAAGAAAUCAACCCUAAAAAAGUAUGA